CUUGAAGCCGCUCAUUCGCAUGGCGUUGAUCUUGGAAAAAUGCCUCAGAGCGUGAUAUAGCGGGCAACAGAUGGGAACCGACUCGCCCAAAAGCGCUGUGCAAUCUAUACGAUCAAAUACUCCCUCUCCCCUCUUGAUCGCUGAGACUGAAUCACUAUCUUUGAGUAACUCAGGCACAACAACAUGGCGCGAUUCCUGACUUCUCACGUGGGACUCCUCAUCGGCUGCGAGCUCUUGACCUGCGUCGCUCUAAUCCUGUUCGUCAUUGCUCUGUGUGCAGGCAUGUCACGGGGUCCGUUGGAAGGACUGGCUAUAUUGACGGUCGACGCCAGCUCUCUGACCAGCUCUACCUCGGGCAGCGCCCUGGGCAUCACAGACUGGUACGAGGCGCACUACCUCUCCAUCUGCUCGGGGAUGUGGAACCGCCACAUCGCCAGCGCGGGCAAGAACCACAGCACAAUCACCUGCACGUCGCAGAGUGCCGGGUACACGUUCUCCCUGGCCCGGAUCGUCGUCGGCGGCGACGCCGCACAGCAGACGCUCCUCGCCAACCACCGCACGCUGAACACCAAAGCCCCGUUCGUCCUCCUCGUGGUGGCGAUCGCCAGCAUGAGCCUCGCCAUCCUCAGCUUCCUCUACGGCAUUGCCGCGUUGCCUUCCACCGCCGCGGGGAGACGGCUCAGCAAGAAAGAGAUACCGCUGGUGGUUUUGCGCAUCGGCUUCUUCGCGUGCGUCACGUCGACGGUGCUACUGUCCAUCUCGUCGGCCAAGAUCACGGCGAACGCAGCGAAGACGGCGGGCAGGGUCCAGCUUGGUGGAGGCAAGGACGUCCACGCGUGGAUGGACGGCGGGUUCUACGCGGUCACCUGGGUGGGCGCGGCGUGUGUCUGGGUGGCCUUGGGACUGGUGGUCGCGGCGGCCUUCAAGCUUGCUGACGUGCUGGAGAGGAAGGUGGUGAUGGGUCCAGCAUGGGCCCAGAAGGGGCUUCACGGAUAGACAGGCUGGAAUGGGUGUGCCCUUGGAUAGUAGUUUUUCAUCCCUAUCGAACACGGGACGCUAUGCCAAGGAUUGUCGACACCAGACAGGCUGGAGCGUGGCGUUCUUGCCGACUUCUAAUGGUUGGCAAUGCUGUUUGUCCAAGGCAACUUUGUUACUUGUACGCAUAUUGAUCCUAUUGAUCCUAUUGAUCCUCUUGAUCCUCAGGAAAUAGACAUACCGUGGGCAUUCCAUGUCCGAACAUACACCGUCCGCCCUACUUGGUUGACUGUCCGCCUCGAGGCACCCUAGAAGUCUGGCGAGUGAAGCUCUCCCUCUGCACCUCGCAUACAACAACUAAAUCACCCCGUGUACGACAUGUAGCGACAACGAGACCAGAAUCGCGGCUAUCAGGAUCAAGAUCGCUGCACCCGAGCUUUCUCC